GGGUACCCUUCAUUUCACCUUCCCCCCUCGACAUUGAACCUUCCCCUUCAAACAAGCAUCGUAUUCUGCAACACCGACUACCAUUUUCCUUUUCAAUUCUGUAGAUAUGCGAAGAGGCCACCGUGACCUACGACAAACAGGCUUCAACUGUCGUAUAUCUCAUUAUUCUAACCGUUAUUGCGUCAUAUUGCGGCUUGCUACGGUGAUCCCGCCUAAUAGUGGGCUGGGCACAGCGAGAUGCAUACGAAGAGUCGAUUCUGCUAAUCUCCUUACAGGAUCAGACAUGACAAAGACAUGCACAGCUGCCCCCUAAAUACUUCGGUGUGUUGUGGUGGUUGUUUCUCUUGUACCCAUCGCUCUUGCUAUGGUACGCUUCAGUCAGUACGUGGUGUCUAUAUUGUCCCUUUUUCUUUGGGGAGAGCCAGAGGUGCCACCGGCCGAAGGCGGGUGCCUUCUGAACAACUCGAGUGCGCUCACGGCAACAAACCAGAGGAGCAAUGCGUCCAAGUCCAUAGCCAUUGUCGGCGCAGGAAGUGCCGGACUUGCAAUAUUGAAGACAAUUUUGGACUUGCCGCAGGAGACACGUCAUGGAUGGGAAGUCGUACUUUAUGAGCAGAGAAGAAACGUUGGAGGGCUGUGGUUGCCUGACCCAAACGAACCUCAGCCACCAAAGCUACCAGAGACGCCUCUGUACCCACGCUUGCGCACGAAUACGCCUCAUCCGACGAUGACUUAUCCUGGAUAUACGUUCCGCCCGCACACACCGCUCUUCCCAACGCAUGAAUACGUGGAACAAUAUCAUGUGGACUUUGCCGUGAAUAACAAUCUCACAUCUUAUAUUCGUCUUAACCAUACAGUUCACUCCGCGGGUUGGAAAGGGAACAGUACAGUCGGCGAAUGGGUUGUUGAGGUACAUCAUACCAAUGGCGAAGUCAAAAGUAUAACCAAGCGUUCUUUCGAUCAUCUCAUUGUUGCCAACGGACAUAACCACUACCCACGUAUUCCGAAGUUCCAAGGAACCGAUGAGUGGUUGGCUCAUACACCUACGGGUACACGGAAGCGAGAGAUAGAACAUUCAAUAUUUUACAGGUAUCCAGAACGAUACGUGAAUAUGACAGUGCUCGUCGUUGGCGGCGGAGCCAGCGGACGUGAUGCUGUGCUUCAGGUCGGUCCCAUUGCAGUUAAGACAUAUCACUCACUCAAGGAAGACAAGGAGCCAACGCCAGACGCGAACGUCACAGUUGUACCUCGCAUCUCGCACUUUACACGUACUUCAAUUGUUUUGGUGGACGGUAGAUCUCUAGAUGACGUCGAUGCAGUUAUCUUAGCGACUGGGUAUGAAUUCCUCGUCCCAUUCCUGUCACGACCGUCAUCCGACCAAGAUGCUUCCGUCGGACUUGUGGAAUCCCCCAAAACGACACUCAACUGUACCACCGCUCCAACCCUCAUAACGAAUCUGAGAUACAUCUUCCCUCUUUGGGAACAUAUCUUCAGCCUCUCACAACAAUACCCACCAACCGCCCUCUCCUUCGUCGGUCUUCCUGUUCUCAUAGCAAACUGCCCGUCGGAUAUCGCUCAGGCUCUGCUAAUCGCUCAUGCCCUCGCGGACCCAUCGACCCUUCCAUCUCGAGCUGAAAUGCUGGCAGACCUCGUAGCACAAGAAAGCCGUCUGCGUGAAAGAGGUUACGACCCGUAUUACGCAGGCCACAAGAUGGUCGGCGGAGAUGAUGAUGCGCAGGCGUAUCAGAACAACCUCGUUCGUUACUUGAAGCAGAAGGGAAGAUUACCCGACGAUGGAAAGGAUUAUGUAGAGCCAUGGAGACGAAUCGCAAGGAAGGAGUCUUUUCUCCUCGGAAGGGCGUGGCGAAGGAUUGAAGAUAAUGGUGAGGCCGAUAAAUGGUUAGAUGGUGUUGAGACGGAGGAUCAGUGGGCGGAUUUGAUCCUUAGACUGGUGAAUUGGCAGAGGAAGCACGAGGAUAAGUAUGGGCUGCACGGGUCUGUGUACGUUGGUCAGCCAUGGGACGAGAGUGGGUUCUAGUGCUGAAUGUGAAUACUGAAAUGCCACCUUUCAUCCCAUCAUUGUUGUACUGUAUGCGGGUCAAUCGUCCUAACGAAACUUUCUUUGCCAGAAUGGCAAAAUACCAACAUUGAGUUAGCGGUUG